AUGCCGCGCGUUUUCGACGGUGAAAGUAAAACGGAAGAAGAACGCGAUGAGAAUUUGGACGAGAGAGUUUUAACAGAAUCUGACGCGGAUUGUUUCGUAAACAGGAAUCGAAGACAGAUGCUGUUGGCAUCAUCGACCGCAGCUGCCUUUUCUGCUACGAACAACAUCGCAGCUUUCGCCAAGUCAUCGGAGUGGGCGAGUUUAAACGACGGCAGCGCGCCUGGUUUAGCGUCUCCCCCUCCGUCGAAUGCAGACCCAAUCAUAAAGAAAACAGAGCGACUGGGUUUGAAAUACGAGUUAUUAGCGUCUGGAAGCGGGGAGGAGGAAGUAGAAAGAAACGACGUCGUCGACGUGGAUUACGUCAUGCGACGCGCGAAUGGGUAUUUCAUUUACUCCAACGCGGAUUGCGGCAUCGGAUGUGGAAACGGCGACCCGGAACGGUGGGCCAUCGCGGACGGGUUCGUCGAUACUAUUCCGGAAAUGGUAGUUGGGAUGAAAAAAGGCGAAGUGCGGAAGUUUUUAGUGAAACCAGAGUUUGGGUACGCGAGCGCGCCGAAAAUUUUAAAACCGCAACCGCCUGAGUUUGGGCAAAGACGACAGAUUGAAGCGCAUUGCACCGAACCGCUUUUGUUUGAAGUUCGCGUAGUUAAAAUUCGCAAGGCGGCGCGGUGA